GAUUACGAUUAUCAGUAUGUGUGACUGUGAUUUAUUUCAGUGUUGAAAUUGUGUUUUGUUUUUGCAGAAGAUCAUCUCACUGUUGCAUUUCAUAAUGUCUGCGGAUGUUGGAAUACGAUUUCCUGUUUGGGACUUGAGUAAGAGCCAAUAUGAAGAAACGGAUUUUCUACCGCUCAUGUCAACGCCUGGACCGGUGAUGGUGAUUUUAGCAGUUUAUUUAUUAUAUGUACUGAAGAUUGGACCAGCUUUAAUGGUAAAGAGAGAACCCUAUAAAUUGACAACAGUGCUGCUGCUAUACAACGCGAUCCAAGUAGUUUAUUCCAUAUAUUUAGUUCAAAAGUAUUUAAGACACUUACUACAACAUGGACUAGUGCCGAAGACUUGUUUCAUAAACCAAGAGUCCGAACGGAACGAGAUUCUCUUUAGUAUUUGGUUGUACUUCGCGGCCAAAGUUACGGAACUUUUAGACACAGUAUUCUUUGUUCUUCGUAAAAAGGAUAACCAGAUCACCUUCCUCCAUCUCUACCACCACUCCAUAAUGAUGAUUGGCACCUGGGCCUAUCUGAAAUACUGGCCUUCGGACACAUUAGUCUUCAUCGGAUUCCUCAAUUCCUUGGUUCACGUGUUCAUGUAUACUUACUAUGGUCUAUCCGCUCUCGGACCGAGAGUUGCCAAAUACAUCUUUUGGAAGAAAUACAUGACGAAAUUUCAGUUGGUACAGUUCGUAUGCAUUAUAAUACACUACAUCGUAGCUGUUCGAAACUCGGAAUGCCCGCCGUCAAGCGGGGUAGCGACUUUCAUCGGUACCAAUACCGCGUUCUUCCUAAUUCUAUUUCUACAUUUCUACAGACAGAGUUAUAACAGACGGAAGACCAUAUCGAAUGAAAAUGUCAGUGCUACGAAAUGUAAUAAAGAAUUAUAGAAAUAUAUAACAUUUAAUAAUAUAAGUCUGCAUAAUCUCUCUAAUAUUCCGUUCUCAAAUCGAUAAAUUCUAUUAAAAACCUGAAAUUAGCGUUCGAGUCGAGGUACGUUUAAACGCCAAUUUAUUCAUCCCUAAACAUGUAAUCUAUUUUAUUAAAUAAAUAUGUUUUCAUUGUAUGAAUGUUCAAAGAAUGGUUAUAGAAAAUUAUAAACUAAGA